AUGGAAACUCCAAGUUCUGAAGUAUUAAAAUCUGUAGAAAAAGAAAUAAGUAAACUUCUAGAACCAUUUGACAGUAUGGAAGCAGUUGAUAAGUUUUUGGAAGAAGAAUCACUCAAAAAAGAUCCAAUUACACGUUUUCUUGCUUAUCUACUUAAAACUCAAGUGAUUUCGAUUGACCAAAAGAAAAAUGCCAAACAGUUAGUUGAUUUAAUACCAGAGUAUAUAAAAACUACAAAAGAAUAUUUUGGUGAAGAUUUUGAGUCACCUUUACUUAAAAUAGCGAAACGAGAUCGUCCAACAGUCGAAGCUGAUAUCAAGAGAAGCUAUUUCUUAUUCGUUAACUCCUGCAAACAUUAUGAUGUCAAGGAUUACAAAAAAUAUCCAGACGGAAAGACAAUUCCAUCACGUGCACUAGCAACAUUAGCAAUAUCUGAUGAUAAAUUAUCCUAUACUCAAGGUUAUGAUCGCUAUUUCUUCAUAUCUUACGCUCUUUCGCUGAAAUUCUGCGAAAAAGUAGGUCUUGACUUUAUUUUUGCUGAGGCAUUAGCAUAUUACUUAACAAAACCACUCAUUAUCAACGCAUCUUUUAAUGAUUUACUAGAAAAUCCAGGAACAUACGAAGGUUUCAGCUUAUUAGAUGAACAGAUCAAAAAAUACUGUCCGAAUACAUAUAAAGUCCUAUCCAAAGGACAUCUGUCAGCAUUUAAUUACGCCAUGCGCUGGAGAUUGUUGUUUUUCUCAGAUGAGCACGAAAUUGAUGGAGCUUUGUUAAUCUGGGACUAUUUCUUGCUCCACAUGGAUGACACAGAUCAGUUCUUUGGCUAUAUUGGCGCUGCACAUGUCCACCAAGUUGAAGUUGACGAUGAUUUCACCGCUGUUGAGAAACUUCAGAAAUUUAGGGACUGGGAUGAAUGUAAAAUCAUUCAGGACACAAAAUUAAUGGCUGCAGGAAAGAGACUUCGCUCCAGAAACUCUGGAAGAAGAAUAUUCAUGCUCGUUUCGAUUAUCGUCCUUCUAUCAGCUGCAGCAUAUGUAUACACAAAACGUUUUGAUAUUGUUAGUAAAUUUUAA